AGCAGCAACACUUAAGAAAACUAGAUAUGAAACUCGUCAAUGGCUGUGGUUGCAGUGCAGCAAUUCGUGUGCUUCGCAGAUUCAAAUUGGAGGAAUAUAGCAAGACCAUGCAUUCCCUCUCACACUACGAUUCUUCUACAUUCACGCAAAAAAAUUCAAUUUUCUCUGAUUUCAUGCUCUUCAUCACAGACACCAGAAGUUGGUACUCAAACCGCUGAAUCCUGCGUCAAUUUGGGUCUCGAGCUCUUCUCCAAAGGAAGGGUAAAAGAUGCUUUAACCCAAUUUGAAACUGCACUUUCCCUGAACCCUAAUCCAGUGGAGGCCCAAGCUGCCUACUACAACAAAGCUUGCUGCCAUGCAUACAGGGGAGAAGGAAAGAAAGCAGCUGAUUGUCUCCGCACUGCUUUGAAGGAAUACAACCUGAAAUUUGGUACCAUACUCAAUGAUCCUGAUUUGGCCUCCUUCAGAGCUUUGCCUGAAUUCAAGGAACUACAAGAAGAGGCUAGGCUUGGCGGGGAGGAUAUUGGCUACAGUUUUCGGCGAGAUCUAAAACUUAUUAGUGAAGUUCAAGCACCAUUUCGUGGGGUUAGGAGAUUUUUUUAUAUAGCACUGACAGCAGCUGCAGGAAUAUCAUUGUUUUUUACUGUGCCCAGGCUAAUUCGUGCAAUUAGUGGUGGUGAUGGUGCUCCUGAUCUCUUGGCAACUUCUGGGAAUGCUGCCAUUAAUAUUGGAGGUAUUGUUGUUCUUGUGGCAUUGUUCUUUUGGGACAAUAAAAAAGAGGAGGAACAACUUGCACAAAUAUCUCGAGAUGAGACACUAUCAAGGUUGCCUUUGCGGCUUUCAACUAAUCGAGUAGUUGAACUUGUGCAGCUACGGGAUACAGUUAGACCAGUUAUAUUAGCAGGAAAAAAGGAAACAGUGUCUCAGGCUAUGCAAAGAGCCGAGAGAUUUCGCACGGAGCUCCUUAAACGUGGUGUUCUGUUAGUUCCUGUUAUCUGGGGAGAAGGUCGGGAAACAAAAAUUGAGAAAAAAGGAUUUGGUCUGCAGCCAAAAGCUGCUGAAUCUCUUCCAUCUAUUGGGGAAGAUUUUGAGAAGCGAGCACAAUCCAUAACUGCAAAAUCGAAGUUGAAAUCUGAAAUUAGGUUCAAGGCUGAGGUUGUGUCUCCUGCAGAAUGGGAAAGGGUAUGCCUGAUUGGCAGCAAAUUGUAAAGGAGCUACCACCAAUGGAAGCAUUUUUAAGCAAGCUGGAAAGAUGAGAAUUUAGAGGGUGCAAAUCUGUAUUAUUCUUUUUCCCGUCUCAUGUGUCACCAUAAUCCUGGUAUCACCGUCGUUGGUAAUGUUCCGCAGCAACAUUUUUCUUCACCAUUGAACUAAAUAUUGUACAUCCAUUCCUCCACGAUCACUACAGACAGUUGCAAAGUAAAAAUGUUACGAAGGAAUAUUAAUAUUGAUAAAAUAUUUUGCCGACAAUUCAAUCUUGUAGUUUAUUCGUAAAAGGGUAGUGUUGUACUCGAGUGAAGUUGUGUAAUUUUAGACUACACAGAAUACAGAUUGAAAAGUGAAUGUAUCUGAAUUUAACUACAGCUAGUUAAACUGGUUUAUAAUCA